CCAACUGGAAGUAACCGAGAUCAAACUGUGCGCGUACAAUUCGUUGAUACAUACGUGCACUGCGUUUUAAACGCUAGUCAUUCUUCGCGUCCGUAUGAACUAGAUUCCGCGAUUUCUGUGGGUUUUUCUUUCACUAUGAAGCUGCUCAGUUGGCUAUGGAAUACUGUAAAUAAUCUCUGGUCGAUAGAUUGAAAAUCGAUUGCAACGCGUCGGAUAUUUGGAUAUUAAUCGCGUUUUUGGCAGAGAAACGAUGCAUUAUGAUUCAUGGUCAUCUAAUAACUGGAACAGGAUCUUACAACGGACGGGCAUGAAGAGAUUGGAUGGUGUGGAUUAGGUCAUUGGGAAUAUAUUGCUUUGAUUUCUCUCAUCUCAAUGUUGGGCUCCAGAGGACCUCUGCCUUUGUGCUCUGAAAUGAAAUAAUGGCAACGCAUUGGGCUGCAUCAAAGCACCAAGAUGAGAAGACAAAUCCAGCCGGGUCAUCAGUUUUCGAGGAGAGAAUUCCCUAUCCGUUUAUUUCACCCUGAUUCCUGGGAAGAGUGAUAGCGAGAGAAGCGCCACUGCUGCUGUGAUAAAGAGGAAUUCACGACCACACAAUCGCAUCCAUUGACAUGAAAAAGGCUAAACAAAAGGAUGGAUGUGAGCGCAGUGAGGCAUCGGCUCUGUCUCCGGCCGCUGAAGAGGAGCCCUUCUCAUGGCCAGGGCCUAAAACACUGCACCUACAACGUACAUCUCACGGCUUUGGCUUCACGCUCCGUCACUUCAUCGUGUACCCACCCGAGUCAGCCGUACAGUCUUCUCUCAAGGAUGAAGACAAUAGCAGCAGAGGGAGACAACGGAACAGACUGGAGCCGAUGGACACCAUCUUUGUCAAGCAGGUGAAAGAGGGCGGCCCUGCGCACGGAGCUGGACUCUGCACAGGGGAUCGUAUUGUAAAAGUCAAUGGAGAAAGCAUCAUCGGGAAAACGUAUUCUCAAGUAAUUGCCCUUAUUCAGAACAGUGACACGUCUCUGGAGCUCUGCGUGAUGCCAAAAGAUGAAGACAUUUUGCAGCUGUUCUCCAGGGAUAUCACAGCUCUGGCCUAUUCUCAAGAUGCAUACCUCAAAGGAAACGAGGCAUAUAGUGGAAAUGCCCAGAACAUCCCUGAGCCACCCCCAAUAUGUUACCCACGGAUAGAGCCCAAUGCCUUGGCCAUGGCACAGGUGUCAGAGCCUUCACGCUCUGCUGAGACUUCAUGUGGAACCAGACAAGGAAUAAAUCGAUGCUAUAAGCCGGACAUAGGUUGCCGCAUUGAUAUCCCUGUAUCUCCCCUUACCACAUCCCAAACUCCGCUGAUCCCCAACACCCAAACUGUUGUGUGUGUAUUUAACGAGAAUGUUAGGACAAUGGUAGCAUCACCCGAAUCCACAGACCGGAUUACACAUGUGGCCUGGGCUGGUCCCAGCCACAGGAAGGAGGACAACCAGUAUGGGGAUUCAACAGACCCCAGCUUUAACAGGUCCAGUGACCAUGUCACUUUAUCUCCAGCCGGGGCAGCACAAUCACAACACAAACCCAACAGAACUGUGGAGUCCACUGGUUUUGCUGAUUCUACCCCCAGAACUCCACAGACUUGCAUAGAGACAAAGCCUAUAUCUUCCCACAGACAUACCCUAACCACAACAGCAGAAACCUUCCCAUCAGCCACCUCUCCCACCCCUUAUACACCCUCCCCUCCACCUGCCACCCCCUCCCCCUGCUCUCCCCACCAGAACAUUGACUGGAGGAACUACACCACCUACAAGGAAUACAUUGACAACAAACGGAUUUACAUGUACGGCUCCCGGACUAUUCAGGAGCGCCUGGACAGUUUGCGAGCUGCAUCCCCAUCCAGUACAGGUGAAUACAGCAAGCAGAAGAGUGCAUCAACAACAGCUACGCCCUCACGUGGCUUUUCUGGAUCACAGCUGAGACGGAGGAGCGCCUCACAUGACCGGAGUUAUCAGGUAUCCAGUGUGCUGCCACUGCGUAGCGCCUCUCAGGAGAGGCUUGGUGGUGCUGAUCGGGCUUCUCUAACAGGGAAUUGGCCUCGUAGUGCUUCCCAGGAUGCUCUCCCAUCAGCCCCCAUAGGUAUCCUGAAACCCAGAGCAUAUUCUUGUGGCUACCUAAGCAUACAGAAUGAGACCGCAACAUUGGACAGGCAAGCGUGCUGCAGAACUGAGACAGAUGAGUGGCUGCUUGUGCACAGAGGGGACGAGGCAAGAGCAAGCAGGCAGUCUUCUUCCUUACGCAUGGCGCCUCAAAGAACACAGGGUGUAUUUAACACAGACAGACGAGGGGGUAGUUACCCAGGGUUGCCCAUCACCCCUCACUUUAGUAGAGGUACAGAUUCUUUGCUCACUUCCAGAGCUGAAAGCCUGGGUAAUACCUCUGCAACUUCCACAAACAGAUCCUCACUGUUACCUGCGAAAAAUUAUGUCUCAGACCCUUCCACUGCUGCUGCUUCUUAUAUAGCUUCUGCUCUGGCGUCAAUACAAGGCCACAUAAGUGGUAGCUCCAGCACAGGCCCUGUCAAAGACCAAAGAACACCUCUCACCGCCAACCACAUGCCCCACAAUGCAAAGCAGUCACAGCCCAGGGGGCGGGCUGACAGCCUUCAGGAUCCCGUCAGAGAAGUAGCCCGAGGAGGUCGCUCUUCUUCUUGUUCUGCCGCCUUUAAACCCCAUAGAACAAAGCAGGGUGGAUCCAAGCCCAGAUUCACCAGUAACGGAACAGUUCCUCAGCAACCUAGGUACACAGAACCACAACCCCAAGCCAAUGAGAAGACAGAGGAAGUGGAGGGUAUCGAGGGUCCAGAUGCCACUGUAGUUGUGGUUCGGAGGGAGAAGUCUGGAUCUCAACCUAUCCGCCAUCCUUCCUACAUUCUGGCAGUGAACGAGACGGAGAGAGGGGCUGAACCACCUCCAGAAUCCAACACAUGCUGGCUGCCCAACGAUACCCGCCGAGAAAUGCACAUGAGGAAGCAAGGAGACCAGUGUAAAACCUCCUUCUCAAGCAACCUUGAUGACUCACUGGACUCCAUUCCCUUCAUUGAUGAGCCGUCAAGCUCCAGUAACGACCAUGACGCCACACACAUUCCUGCUUCUGCUGUGAUUUCCAGCACACCUAUCAUCACCACCAUCCCACCCAGUCCAACUUCCCCUUCUCCCGUAAUACGCAGACAGCUGUCCCAUGACCAGGAUUCUUUACGACUCCUCACGAUUUUGGAAUCAGAUUCUGGAGCUAAAACGGAGCGUUCCAGAUCCUUCGAUGAGGGCUUGGAUAACUACAGAGAAGAGAGAGGGCGGUCGAUUAAACACACCCAUGGAUUCAAGGGACUUAGAAAGGCUGUCGACAGAUCCUCUGAGGACUCUGGCUCUAGGAGAGACUCUACUUCAGAUCUCUUCACUGAUGCCACAAAAGAGGGUCCACUUCAUUUCCGGCAGCUCAACUCAGAUAAGGGAAAGCGUGUUGGUAGUAGCAUUCGGUCAUGGAAGCAGAUCUACGCUGUGCUUCGUGGCCACUGCCUCUAUCUGUACAAGGACAAGAGGGAUGGACAAACCAAUGCCAACUCCCAGAUCGAAGAAGAGCCUCUGCCAAUCAGCAUCAAAGCCUGUCUGAUUGACAUCUCCUACAGCGACACAAAGCGGAAGAACGUACUUCGGCUGACAACAUCAGACUGUGAAUACCUGUUCCAGGCGGAAGAUCGUGAGGAAAUGCUGUCCUGGAUCCGAGUCAUUCAAGAGAACAGCAACUUGGAUGAAGAGAAUGCAACUGUAACUAGCACAGACCUCAUCAACCGGAAAAUAAAGGAGUACAACACUCUAAUGAGUCCACCCAGCAGUAAGACAGAACCCUCACCCAGAGCGUCCCGUCAGUCCCUGAGCAUCAGGCAGACGUUACUGGGCGGUAAAGGGGAGAAUAAAGCCACAAGCCCUCACUCACCAAACAAGGACCACGACAGGAAAGCUAUGCACAAAGAUGAAACCAGUCCACCAAAAGAUAAGGGCACAUGGAGGAAGGGCAUCCCUGGACUGAUGAGAAAGCCAUUUGAGAAGAAAUCGUCUCAUGGAAUCACAUUUGGAGUAAGACUAGAUGACUGCCCUCCAGCUCAGACCAACAGAUUUGUUCCUCUGAUAGUUGAAGUGUGCUGUAAGCUGGUGGAAGAACGAGGACUGGAAUACACUGGCAUUUACAGAGUGCCAGGAAAUAAUGCCGCCAUCUCCAUCAUGCAGGAAGAGCUCAAUAACAAGGGCAUGGGUGACAUCGAUAUUCAGGAUGAUAAAUGGAAGGACUUGAAUGUGAUCAGCAGUUUACUCAAAUCCUUCUUCAGAAAACUUCCUGAACCUCUCUUCACUAACGAGAGAUAUGCAGACUUUAUUGAUGCCAACAGAAUAGAGGAUCCUGUAGAGAGACUCAAAGUGCUCAAAAGACUGCUUCACGAGUUGCCUGAUCACCAUUACGAAACACUGAAGUUCCUCUCAGCACAUCUCAAAACUGUGGCUGAAAACUCGGAGAAGAACAAGAUGGAGCCACGGAAUCUGGCAAUUGUGUUUGGCCCAACACUAGUGAGAACAUCUGAAGACAAUAUGACUCACAUGGUGACACACAUGCCAGACCAGUACAAGAUUGUAGAAACGCUCAUUCAGCAUUACGACUGGUUCUUCACUGAGGAGGGUGACAAGGAGCCUACGACUACAGCCCAGGAGGAGAGUGCUGUGGAGUCCCAGCCUGUGCCUAACAUUGACCACCUGCUGACCAACAUCGGCCGGACGGGCACCUCUCCAGGGGAAGUGUCAGAUUCACCAACCAGUGACUCUGCUAAAUCUAAGGGCUCCUGGGGAUCAGGGAAGGACCACUGCAGCCGCGAGUUCCUUCAGCCACGAGUCUCCUCCAUUUUUGCUGCGGCCAACCGCAAACGAAAGAAGCACAAGGAGAAGCUGCAACCCAGCAGCUCUGAUGACGACCUUGAUACCUUGUUCACCAAGAAAGAGAACCUAACUCAAAAGCAGAACCGCCAAAGCCAGGAGGAGGUGGCAGGCAGGUCCAGUCCAUGCGGAAAAUCACUUGUUGGAGAGAUGAAGAACGGUAUAAGUGCAGAGUCAACGCCGAAGAACAAGAAGGAGCACAGAAACUCUUUCUUUAUGAAGGACAAACCCUCUUCAGCUCUCUCCCCCUCACCCAAGCUCUCAUGUUCAUCUGGUUUCAACCGUCGCACCACCAGAUCCACCCUCUCAGAUCCUUCCUCACAGUUAGAUGAGAUCACCUCAGACUUGGGCACAAUGAGUUCUGGAGCCUCCGUACCCAGAACCAGACCUCGGAAAUGGGGUACAACUUCACCGGCCCCUGAGCAAUUACCUGCUCCUUGGGGGGCUUCGCUAACUGCCGAGGUGAGCUCUAUUACGUCGGACUACUCGACCACUUCCUCUACCACCUUUCUGACAGGAGUGGAAUCCAUCACAUUAAGUCCAGAGGUGCAGUCUGUGGCAGAAAGCCGGGGAGGAGACGAGGCAGAUGACGAGCGCAGUGAGCUCAUCAGUGAGGGGCGGCCGAUGGAAACCGACAGCGAGAGUGACUUCCCAAUGUUUAGCCCUGGCAUCGCUGGACUAGACAUACCAUCCACAGAAGAUGGCGGCAACAGCACACCCAAACUAGCUUGCCGCUUGCUGCCCUCCCAUAAGCUCAUAGAAUGCGACUCUCUGACCAGGAGGCGAUCCCUUCGACAAAAGACAGACAGCGAUUCAUCUGUGGAGGCAGGUGCUGGUGGUGGCAAUCAAGGGGUCAGCAAGAAUGAAUCAAAUCGACUGUCUCGAGUUCUGGAGGUGAUGAAGAGAGGCCGUUCCACCGGCAGCCUUAGUGCCUCGUUGCGUACUGAAACGGACCGCGUUGAGCCAUCGUGGCAUCUUAAAAUCACAGAGAGACUCAAGUCCCGUCUACGUGCCUCUGCUGAUGACAUGUUCGGUAUUGGUACGCAAAGGACCCGCUCUACGGAGACACGUGGAAAGAAAAAGGGCAUCCGCCGACGGCAUACUAUGGGUGGCCAGCGGGAUUUUGCUGAAUUAGAUGUCAUUCAUGAUUGGAGGGAACAGGGCGGGGUGGACCAAGGUGCCGAACUGUCUUCUGUGGAGCACCUCAAACCCAAGUGCGACUCUCAGGAUGUGUCUAUCCGGAACUGGAUUGCUCGUGAGCAUCGUCGAACUGAAGGCUCCCAGGCCAGUCUAGAGUUGAAAGGUCAAGAUGGGAUAGAGACAGAAAUGGAAGAGGCCCAAGCAGGGAGAGCUGAGCGACUGACUCCCUCUGCUUCUCCAUGUCCCCAGUCCAGCUCUGAACAAGUAAACGGAGGCGCGUCAAAGGGCAAAUCCAGAAACAGUUUGAAUUCUGGAGCUGAUGCUCAUCCUCAGAAAUUGUCAGGAGCCCAAGUGGUGCGCUCACGAUUCUACCAAUAUCUUUAAAAGGAAAGAAUAAUUUGCAAGUGUCAUAAUAUGUGUGUAAAGGCCUGUUUAAACCAAGGUGAAUGUUUGGUGUGAAAAUUCUAUUUUUGUAUUUCACAAACGCAAACUGGUAAUGCAUCGGUUUAGACCUUUUGUCCUGAGGGGUUUAGCCCCAACCCUAAUCAAACAUACCUGCCUGUAGCUUUUUAGUGAUCUUGAAGACACUGAUUAGCUUGUUCAGGUGUGUUUGACUGGGGUUGGAGCUAAACUCUGCAGGACAGUGGUCCUCCAGGCUCGAAGUUGCCCAGCCCUGGUUUUAGACCGACAUGAACUUUCGCAUGCCAUCCAUGCGACAAAUCUCUUUUCCAUCACAUUGUGAAGAAAACUGGCCAAAACCAGUAAGAUUUGCGCUUUUUGUGACAUGCCUAUAGCUGCUUCUCUUACAUAAAAUGGCAUGGUGGCACUCUCAAAUAUUAUUUUGCUAAAUGGCAGUGAAUAAAGCAUAAGAAUCCGCAACCAGCUCUGUUGUCUUUGUACUCGGUUUUGUUAAAUAAGCACCAUAGCAAAAAUCUGAAUGGCUGUUUGAAAACUUGUAAAUGCCAAGUCGAGUCAAGUGACCUUUUUUUAUAUAUCAAUAAAGAUUGUGUCAAAGCAACUUUCCAAUAUCAGAAUAGGAAAAUAGUGUCAAUAAUGUAAAAUGACAAGAUUAAACACUCAAUUUUCAGUUAAAGGCAUUGCAUUAUUGAAUUCAAUGAUGUCAUCGCCCAGCUCAGUUCAGUUUAAAUAGUAUCUGUGCAAUCAUGUAGAUGAUCAUGUAAUCAUCGCUGGAAAAUAAGUGUCCCCAACUAAGCAAGCCAGAGGCGACAGCGGCAAGGAACCAAAACUCCAUCGGUGACAGAAUGGAGAAAUGCUAUUUGAUUUUUUUUCUCUGUGACAAGCGGGUGUCAGAAAAGUUACACAGCGCUUUGUUUAUCGGGGUCAUCAGGGUGCUUUUCUAUAAGCACCUGUCAGAGAGUGAAUUUGCAGUUUCAUUCAACCUGUCUGCAGUUUGUAUGUUUAGGUCUGAAAAAGCAAAUUGUAUGUGAAAAUCAGGAUGAAUUUUUGUGCCAAACAUGCAUGUUGGUGUGAACAGGCCUUAAAUUGAAUGAAUGUCCUUAGAGCUAAGGUUACUCCACUUUUAUUUUCCAUCCCCAUGUCCUUUUGUUUUUUUUAAACAAAGUAUCUAUAAAUAUGAAUAUAUAUUAUAAAUAUAAAUUGUAUAUAUCUAUAUGUAUAGGCUUAUAAAAAAGUAACUGGAGUAAUUGUAACAAAUUUGAGUUAUCUGACUCAUUGUUUUUGGAUCAGUUCUGGAGCUGUUUUCUUGAAAGCUAGUAAUAUAUGCAUGACAGUGAAGUGGCCUGAUAUUCAGAGGCUGUACAAUACCAAUGUUUACCGACUGCCUCAACAGCACAAUUUUUCUGACUUUGACAGACAUGCAUUUGCAAAACUGUUACUGAAGGAAACUAAUAUCAAAGGAAAAGAAAAGGCAUCUAGUCCAAGGUUAGGACAAAAAAAAAAAAAAAAGAAGACUCCUGAUGUUACUCAUAUGAAGAAUGUAAUAUGCUUGCUGUUAUAUUGACUAACACGUAAAUUGCUUGUUGCAGUUUUCAUUAGUGAAAAAAAUGUAAAUAAUGUCUGUACUUGAAGUAUUUUUUGUUUUUUAUUAUUAUUAUUUUGAAGGUUAGCCUUGAUAUGGGCUGUUUUCUGAGCUGUGUGCUGUGGAAAUCCCUUUUACAGUGCAUCAUAACAGCCAGACAUAAAUGUGGAAGAAGAAUGAAAUCUUUUUAUAUUUCUACAGGAUUGUGAAAGUAAGUGCUAGAGUGAAAGCACCAGAGCCUGAACAUCUGUAGCAGUACCAGGCUUACUGGUAUUGUCAUGUUGAACCAUUUUAAUGCAAAGUACAACCUAACAGCAAAUAAGUCAUAAAAUUACAAGGAAUUCUGUUUCCUUACAAAAAAGUGCCUCAACUGGUUCUGGUGACAGGAAAGGUGCCAUUUAUUAAUUUUGUUGUUUGUUAAUAUGGAAUAUGUAUUGUGAAUGAAUGACUGAAUUUUAUCAGAAUAAAAAAAAAGAAAGAAAAAAUAAAGAAAAAAAAUAAAUUUUUAUACAAAACGAUGCAAAAGCAGACCCAGAGCUUCCACUGCUUCAUCAGUCAGUAGUCUUAAGUCAUCUCGUGCUUUGCCACUGGAUUCGUCUUUACCCUGGUCUCUUAUUGAGGCAAUAUCUUAAAUGUGUAUUUUUUUUUUAUGUUACCUUUGUCAAAAAGUCACAUAUUUUGUCGUAGCUGACCAGUGUAGUAGCCAGCAUGUGAUUCCUCGGGAGAGUAUGCAUGACUUCAUACUUAUGUGUGCGGAUUUCAUCUUACCUCUGAAUGCUCAUAUGUGUCACUCCCAACUGCAAAGAAAAGAAAAGAAAAAAACACUGGAAAUAAAUGAUCUUUGUCA